CUUACAUCCAUUUUGUAUGGUUGUAUCAUUCACUUCACCAAAAAGCGUGAUACUCUCUGCCUAGGUGAUUGCCAGGUACCUUUCAUCCUCAUAUUUCUCAAUUGGUUCUUCAGCUCAAUCGGAGGGCACUGGGCCAUUCCUUAAGUCGGAAGAGACAGACAGAAUGAUGCAAGAGCCCUUUUACCACUCUCGCUAAUACUUUCUUACAUCAACUUCAACUUUCCAUACAAGAUUUCCAAUCAUGGCAGAUAUCGCCCCCAGGGAAGUUACUCCACCCAUUAUACAGGUUCCAUCCGCAAAGGAAAAAAAAUACGAUCGACAACUGCGUCUGUGGGCAGCUUCUGGUCAACGUGCCUUGGAAGAAUCUCAUGUUCUUCUAGUCAUUGGUGAUGACAAGGCAGGCUCCAACAGCAGUGUCGCUGGUGUCGAGACCCUCAAAAACCUGGUCUUGCCUAGCAUCGGCAAUUUCACCAUUGCGGAUUCUUCAAUUGUCACCGAAGCCGAUCUUGGUGUCAACUUUUUCCUUGAUCCCCAAUCCUUGCACAAAAGCAGAGCAGAGGAAGCCACUCGGUUCUUGUCCGAACUAAACCCUGAUGUCACUGGCCAUUCUAUCACUCUGCCUCUUUCAGAAUGGUUACCAGUUCAAGAUUCCCUCAAGCCUUUCAAUCUCAUACUCCUUGCUGCUCCCAUCCCUCAAGAGCCUCUCCAACGUUUGGCCUCUUAUGCUCUCAAGUCUUCCAUCCCACUUAUCUAUCUCCAGUCGGCCGGCUUCUACGCUUCUUUCUCCAUACAACUACCUUCCGUGUUCCCCAUUGUCGACACCCAUCCAGAUCCAGAGACAACUCAAGAUUUGCGGCUUCUCGCCCCGUGGCCUGAACUAGAUGCUGCCGUAGACUCCCUUGGCGAUAUCACACUUCUCUCCGAUCAUGACCACGGUCACAUACCAUACAUUUUACUCCUUCUCUACCAUUUACGAGAAUGGAAGAACUCUCAGGAUGGUACCUACCCCUCAGAUUACAAACAAAAGUCAGCCUUCCGAGAUCUUGUUCGAUCUGCUGCACGGACUGCGAAUCCUGAAGGUGGCGAAGAGAAUUACGAUGAAGCCGCGGCUGCGGUGCUGAAAACCAUAGCUCCGCCACCGAUAGGAAGUGGAUGUAAAGAGCUCUUUUCCAUGGAGCAAACAAAUAAUCUCCACCCAGACUCUUCAAAUUUCUGGAUCAUUGCGAAUGCGGUCAAGACUUUCUACGAAAAACAUACAGUCUUACCACUUCCUGGCACGCUGCCAGACAUGAAAGCAACCAGCGAGCAAUACAUCAAACUGCAAAACAUCUAUAAAUCAAAGGCUCGACAUGAUGUCGCUGAGGUCAAGCAAUAUGUCUCUGUCAGCAUACAGUCGCUUGGAAGAGCUACCCCAGUUCCCGACGCGGAAAUCGAGUCGUUCUGCAAGAGUGCCUCUCAUGUCCGAGUCCUUACAAAUGAGAAUCACGACAGUAUCCCAGUCCUCCGACUUUCCGAAAAAGACCCCAAAAUCAUCAAAUCCCUACAGUCUCAUAUUGAAAACGACUGGGAAGGCCUUCUUCCAAUCUUCAUUGCUCUCAAUAGCACCAACGGAAAUCCUCCCCCUUUCCACGUCGAAGAAUUGACGACGGAUGUUGAAGUCCUUGACAACAUGACCAAGGCCAUUCAAGAAGUGCAGAGAGUAGGAGGUGGCGAGCUACACAAUAUCUCAAGUGUACUAGGUGGAAUGGUGGCCCAAGAGUCCAUCAAACUCCUCACCAGACAGUAUGUUCCGGUAGACGGGACAUGCGUUUUUGACGGCAUUCGCAGCAAGACGGCGGUGUUUAAAUUUUAGCCUUGUCGUGCGUCGUCAAGAUGUUUGAGUGAGCGUUUUGCAUGCCGACGGUCUCGAAGCGAUUCAGUUGCCCAUAAAGCCUUCGAGAGCAUCCAUCGGAAAUUCACAUAGGUCACGUUCUAGCCUAGUAUAUAUAAAUAGGACUUCCAGAGACCUCAAUCACUUCACCGAUUUUCAG